GUUAUUUACAACUAUGCACACAGGUUUGUUUUGGUUUUCCUUCUCCCUUACAAUAUAAAUCUAAUAAUGGAAUUGCUGGGUCAAAGAAUCAUGUAUAAUUCCACAUUGUUUCCAAAACAGUUUGACUACCUUACAGCUUUACCAAUAGUAAAUUAUUGUUUCUGGUUUUUUUGCUGCAGCCCUCCAGCCACUUACACCGAAGAUAGUAAUCUUUUAUCAUAUCAGAUAAUUUAAGAGUUGUUAGUGAUAUACCUCAGAGUUAUUUGAAUAUACAUGGGCUCCUGAAAACAUGCACUGAAUAGAACUGAAAAUGAGUGAUUUUUAAAGGGACCUAAAAAUCUCCACUGCUAUCUAAGAUACUAACAGACUGCUUCAAGCUCAAAUAUUCUCAAGGAAAUAAACAAAAUACAGAUGUAUUACUUUACAGGCUGCAUUAAACAUCACUUACAUUCAUCUCCUUUAAAAUUUUUCACAUGCAUAAGAAAUGAAGCAAUAAGAGCACUUGGCACUUAAGUUACUGAUCUUCCCCCAGGAAACAGCAAACAACUACAAGAGGGGAGUAGACAUUAGGAUUCACCUGAAUUCCCAGAGGAUUGGAGGAAGAGGAUCCGGGAUAUUCCCAGUUCACAGCGUGGGCUGUGCAAAUUGGCAAGAGUAAGCUGAGCAUCAGCGCCCAUUGGAAUGGCAAACAGCUCUAAUUGGAGUUGCCAACUAAAAGAACAGGAGGAGAAAGCAUCUCCGUGGGGACCAGGUAUAAAUGCCCCCACAAGGUGAGGGAGGGGGCACUGCAAAGGUUAAAAUGCAGGUAAGCCUGAUUGGUUCAGACUACAACUCCCAGAUCCCUCAGCAGUGGAUCCUCCCCCCUCCCUCGCUGGCAAUCACCCUCUCCUGGCAGCGCCCACCUGCCAGAGACUGAGAACAGCGCCCCGAGGAAAGAGCUGCCAGCCAGGACCGACAGGUGGAAAGCGGAGUCCGGGGGAGGGACCCGACCCAGGAGAGGGUCCCAGGGGAGCUGCUGUGCCCAGGAGAAGGUGCGUACAGCUCCGAGUCAGCAGCGGAUGGCGCUGGCAGCGGCGGCAGCGGCCGCGGCCGCAGGGGUGAGUCAGGCAGCGGUGCUGGGCUUCCUGCAGGAGCGUGGGGGCAAGGUACGCAAUUCGGAGCUCCUGAGCCGCUUCAAGCCGCUGCUGGACGCAGGAGACCCGGGCGGCCGGGCCGCCCGCAGGGACUGGUUCAAGCGAUUUGUCAAUGAUGUUGCGGUAGUGAAAGAACAGGACGGGGUGAAAUUCGUGGUGCUGCGUAAGAAGCUGCGCGCCUCAGGUACCCCGCGGCCCGCGCCCCCGACGCCGUCAGCAGGCGCAGGGACUCCUCUCCCCGAGGACCCGCCAACCUCCUCGCCCCAGGAGCUGGCCGCUGGCCCCCAGACUGAGUCGCCCACCCAAGCGCCCUCGGACCCAGACGCCGACCCGGAGUACGCGUCCCCGUCCCCGCCGUCCGAAGAAGGGCCCCAGUCUCGAUCGGAGCCCGGGGCUCUGGCUCCGGCUCCAGCCCAAGAAGAAGGAGCAGUUGACGCCAUCCCCGAUUCCCUGGCCCUUGCUCCAGCCCUGCCGUCGAGGAACAUGCCCACAGCCCUUCCAAAGUCUCUUGCGGUGCCAGAGGAGCUUCCCCCGCUCAAGCCCCGAAAGCCCUGCAUGCUGCCGGUGCGCUGUGUCCCAUCGGUGGUCCGGAUCCGGGCGGAGGAGCAGGGCCUGCGGCGACAGCUGUCGGAAGAGCCGGCGGUGGCGGCUUCAUCCCUGCUGCUUGUUCCCGGGGACUCCCCGCGGCUGCGGCGGCGACUCUCGGUGGAGGAGACGGGCCUCGCGCUGGGGGGUCGGUCCCCUCACCUCCGGCGCCUGUCCCGGGCCGGCCCGCGCCUGCUGAGCCCCGAGGCCGAGGAGCCGCUCUCUGCCAUCCCCCAGCCGCCACCCACCGUGCCUUUGGAGCCAGCCGAGCACGAGUGGCUGGUGAGGGCGGCUGGAGGCCGCUGGACUCACCAGUUGCAUGGGUUACUGCUGCGGGAUCGGAGUCUGGCAACCAAACGCGACUUCAUGUCGGGAUUCACGGCCCUGCACUGGGCCGCCAAGAGCGGUGACCGCGAGAUGGCGCUGCAGCUGGUGGAAGUAGCGCGCCGCGGGGGGGCGCCUGUCGACGUGAACGCCCGUUCCCACGGAGGUUACACUCCCUUGCACCUGGCUGCCCUUCACGGCCACGAAGAUGCUGCCAUCCUGUUGGUGGAGCGCCUCGGAGCGCAGGUGCGAGUCCGCGACCACAGCGGGCGUCGAGCCUACCAGUACCUGCGGCCUGGCGCCUCAUACGCCCUUCGUUUGUUGCUAGGUGACCCUGCCCUUCGAGGCCCCACUGAGCAUGGCGGCCCAGCCAAAAGGCCUGUGCAGGUGGCCGCCUCCAUUCUUAGCUCCACUACUAGCGCCUUCCUGGGUGUGCUGGCUGAUGACCUGAUGCUGCAGGACCUUGCCCGAGGCAUCAGGAAAUCUGGCUCCUUUAGUUUAAUGCCUCAACCCCAGGACAGUCCUCCCAGAGGAAAAAAGGUUGGCUGCCUGCCUUGUUCCACCCUCUCCAGAGGCUACUUCCGGGGAUGGGUCACACUGGUUGCUCCCUUCUCUGUGGAUCUCUCCCCAACUCUGGCCCCACAAUCUUUUCAAUACAUCCUAAAAUCACAAGAACGGCCCCUUUUUUUUUUUCCCCCUCCCUUGACACUUGAAAUGAGCUUAAAGUUCACUUAAAUAAAUACCUAUCAAAUGAACAGUUGCCAGCCAAAAAAAAAAGGAUUAGGGAUUGAGGUUGGAUCUGUGGUUUCAUUGUUAUAAGGAAUUCCUAGAUGAGAGAACUCUCCAUCAAUGCAAAUUGGCACCUUGUCUGCAACUUAGUCUCUGAGAGUUGUUUGUGACCUUCAGAGGUUAAAUUUCUAAACCCAGGUUCACACAGCUGUAGUGAAGGAGGAGCCUAAACCAAAGUCUGCCUGGCUUAAAGGAGUGCUACCUCUGACAGAAGAAAAAAUAAGUCAAUAGAAAAGUAGAAUCUGGUUUACAGAAAUCUGGUCUAACUUUAAGAAUCUGCAUUUACAAUAGACCUCAGCUACCUUGGGUUCCACUAGCUUCUCUAUGUGAAGGACUCUUAAAUCUACAUAACUGGAUCUUUCUCCUGAGCUCCAGUCCCAUAUCACCAACUGCUUGCUAUAUAUCCCUACCUAUAUGUCUCAUAAGCACCUGACACCUAACUUCCUUAUUUCUUUCAGGAAAUCACCACCCUUGCAGAGUCCUUUGGGUUCUCAAUCACAAAGUCAUCUUUGGCUUUUCACUCUCCUGUAUCCAAUUAAGUAAGCACUUUUUGAGCAACCACAAUGCACUAGGUACUAUGCCAGGCUCUGUGGAUUCAAAGACAAAAAUGACAGUCUGCUUUCAAGUAUCUCACUUUCUAUUAUGUACAACAUGAAUAAGGAGCAGUUAAGGUAGUGCUGUGGAUAGAACACUAGGACUAAAGUCAGGAAGAUCUGAGUACAAAUCCUACCUCAGGCACAUACUAGCUCUGUGACCUUGGGUAAGUCAUUUAACGACUAUUUGCCUCAGUUCCUCAUCUGUAAAAUGAGGACACACUGGAGAAGGAGAUGGUAAAACACUAAUAUCUUUGACAAGAAAAUCCCAUGGUCACAAAAAGUUGGACAUGUCUGAAUAACAACAACCAGCCAACAUGUACAAAGAUAAAUAUAUGCAAAGCAGAUCUAAAUAAGUUGACAAGGGGGCAGCUUGGUGGCUCAGUGGAUUCAGAGCCUGACCCAGAGAUGGGAGGUCCUAUGUUCAAAUCUGGCUUCAGACACUUCCUAACUGUGUGACCCUGAGCAAGUCAUUUAACCCCCAUUGCCUAGCCCUUACCAUUCUUCUGCCUUGGAACCAAUACACAGUAUUGAUUCUAAGACAGAAGGUAAGGGUUUAAAAAAAUAAACAAAUUAAAUAAAAAAGUCGACAAGUCUUUUGGUUUCUGUUCCAUAGAGGUGCAAUAUGCCCUUUUCUCCACUCACAGCCAGCACUUUAAUUCAAGCCCUUAAUCCAUUUUUUUCCCUAGACUAUUCCAAUAGCCAAUUGAAAGUCCCCACAUCUGGUCAUUCCAUUCUACAAUUCAACCUUCAUACCAUUGCCAACUUUAUAAUAUACAUGUGUGUGUGUGUGUGUAUCCCAUCGACAUCCAUUCUAAGGUAGAAGAGCAGUUAGUCAAUGGGGGUUAAGUGGCAUGCCCAGGAUCACACAGCUAGGAAGUGUCAGAGGCCACAUUUGAACCCACGACCACCUAGCUGCCCCCCCCCCCAACUUGAUAUUUUGAAAACAUAAGCCUCACUAUUUCAUGUACUUGCUCAAGAAGCUUCAAUAGCUCCCUAUUUUUUAUUUUUUUAGGAGUGGUAAGGGCUAGGCAAUGGGGGUUAAGUAACUUGCCCAGGGCCACACAGCUGGGAAGUGUCUGAGGCCAGAUUUGAACCUAGGACCUCCCAUCUCUAGGCCUGGCUCUCAAUCCACUGAACAACCCAGCUGCCUCAAUAGCCCCUAUUGUAGGAUAAAUGAGAAUUCUUCUAUUUGGCAUUAAAACCAAUCACAAUCUAAUUACAAUUUGUCUUUUCAGGACAAUUAAAUGUUACUCCCAAUAUGGACUAUUUCUAGGCAGAAGGACCUACAAGAUGCUGCUACUCCCAAGAUUUUACUUCCUGCUUCCAUGUUUUUUAAUGGGCCUUGAUGGCAAACCUAAGGCAUGUGUGCCAAAAAGGGCAUGCAGAGCCCUCUCUGUGGGCAUGCCUGCAGUCGCCUGCUAGAGUUCUUUAUUAGAAAGCCAGAGGGACUAAGGGUGGAACUGCUCCCCUCCCCCUCACCAUGUGCUGAGGACAUUCCUCACUUCCCCCACCCUCCAUUCUCUCCCCUCUGCCCAGCAGUCCAAUGGGAACACUUCCUCCCUCCCCUGUCUGGGGUAAGGAACUGGGCAGGGGCAAGGAGUGAGGGAGGCCUACAUGCUGCAUUUGGGUUCUGCACAGACAAUACUGUGGCAAAGGUGAUCCCUGUGGUGGGGUUGGAGAAGAGCUCCGUUGGAGGGGAGCAUAGCUCACAACAUGGCACACAGCUGGAGGGGAGCAGAGUGCUAAGGCCAUUCCCCUCCCCCUCUCCACAUGCAAUUCUCAUCACCUGCCCUCUUCCCAGCAGUCCAAUGAGAGAGCUUCCUCCCUCCUGUGUCUAGAGUGGGUGUGGGGGGAUUGAAGGGGGAAGCAUGAGGUGGGAGGGGGGCAUGAUGGGGCCCAGCACUCCAUCUCUAAAAGGUUCAUCACUGUGGCUAUUGUCCCAUGAUUGCAAUUCCCUUCCCCACUCUUACCUGCAGAUCUUGGAACCCUCAGCUCCCUUUAAUUCUAGGCUCAAGGCCAUCUCCCCUUUUGUUCUUCCCCCCUCCCCCAACUUUGUGUUUUUUAUAUAUUUCAUAUUUACAUCUCUCUGUAUGUGUUAUCGUUUCUCCACCCCACACCAUACUCCACCCAGCUGCAGGUUAGUUUCUCUAGUGCAGGGACUGUUUAAUUUUGUAUCUCCAGUUCCUAGCACAGUUCCUGGCACAUAGGUUCAUAAUAAAUGCCUAUUGAAUUAGAUUGACAAAAAGAGAAAUCAGUCACUAAAUUAGGGCAAUUAUUAUUGGUAUUCUUUUGUAAUUAGAAGGUUUUAAUCAGUUAGAAAGUUAAUUGUUAACAUGUCAUAAUCAUAUAACCUUUUAAAGUUUUAAUAUUUCAGAAUAGUCUCCUAAACGAACUCCAAAUAGAGAUGACAUGGUAUGGAUAAUCUUAAAGGUCAAGUAAAACCCAGUGGAAUUUAGAGUCAUCUGCCUGAGGAGGUUAGGGGGAGGGCAGGGAAAGAACAUGAAUCUUGUCACCAUAGAAAAAUAUUACAAAUUAAUUAAAUAAAAUUCACAUCCCCCCCCCAAAAAAAAGAAAGAAAAAAGAAAAAUGGUCCUGAUACUGAGUGCCUAACUAGUGUUUUUCACCAUUACUAUCUCUUCCCUCGGUCAGUUCAAUUCAACAGAUACAUAUUAAAUAUAGGCAUAAUUUUAGGCACUCAGGAUCCAAAGACAAAAAAAUAAAUAAAACAGUUCCUUCCCUUUGAAGGGAAACAUCUUGUCAACAAAUAAAUAUAGCUAUCCCUUCCACGGCUUGAUUUAUGUGGGUUUAUUUAAUAAGCUCUUUUAAUAUACUUCUACUUGACUGAAAUUACUACAGAUAUCUCUUCCACAUCUCAGGGUUAGGGGCAUGGCACCCCUAAUAAAAAAUUUCGGCCUUCCCAUCAUACCAGAGAAGAAGUCUGAAUUUUUUCUUUUUCUUUUAUGGAGUGUUUAUGGUAACUUAUUGUAAAAUUUGGGUUAAGUAUUUGAUCAUAGGCUAUUUUAGGCAUUUCUGUGUUUCUAAACUUUUUCCAUGUUGUCUGCUGGCCUUACCCAUGUUGUCUGCAACUUCAGGAAAAACUCCCACACACAAUAUUUGAAAACCUCCAUGGGGAAAGUUGCAAUGUGGAAGAGAUACCUGUAUAUAUAAAAGAAUACAAAAAUUUAGUGGAGUUGAUAUCUCUGAAAAGAUGAAUAAUCAUAUGCUGUGAAUGUAGCCUUUUUUGCCUCAGCAGCAUGGCUUUCAUUACAGAAUAAUAUACUGUGUAUAAGGUUUUUAAUUAGCAUACAUUUGGGUUAGGACUCCAUCCGUUUCCCUGACUUGAAUUGCCAAGGACUCCCAAACCAGCUUUCUGCCUUGCCAGACUGUUUUCAAUGGUUUUCUAGGGCUGGUAGUUAGUGUUAUCUUGAUGUCUUUUCACCUUAGAUAAUUGCUUGUUCCCUACCACACCCUCUUCUCCCAUGGACUUUGAUCUGCAAAUUAAAAUUAUUGCCACCAGAGAAGUAAGAGUCAUAUUGUGUUGGGGAAGGAGUAAGAGCCUCUACUGGCAUCCUUGAAGAAAGACUGAGAGAUGGAAAAAUGAUACAAAGCCUUAAUGGGGAGGGGGGAUGCAGUUUUGAAUUUCAAAGCUUUGGACUGCACUGAGAUUACUUCUUUAAGGUGGGAGCCAACCUCAACCAAGUGAAUUUAGAGCAGUUUCCAACCCCCCUUCCUAUGCCCUGAAAUUCCUCUUUCAUUGACAUUUCCUUUUUCCGGAGCCAUAAUUUGACUUAAAUUUCCAGUUCUUUUGAAUAAUGAUUUACAUGUGAACAAGUAGUUCUGAGGGUUGGUUUCUAAAUGAUUUGUACUAACUCUGAUCCUCAAAGCUUUUAAAAGCUACUUGGCAAAAAGUACAUUUUGUGCUGAGCAGAUUGUUCAGAACAGCUUGAUUGCUGGUUUGGAGCUGUGAGAAAUGUUCCUUUUCUAUUCAUUUUCCAAUUUACAGUUUAAACGCAAAAAGUACACAAAUUAAGCCCCAAUUAUGAGAAAAGGUGGGGGUGGAAACUGAACAGAGGGAGGCUCUCUCUAGGGUGCCUGCCUCCUGUAUCUCAGCAACCAUUCCUUAGGAUGGUUAAAUAUCUAGAAAGGCUCUGAACUUACACAGCUGAGAUAGGGAGAAUGAGGAGCAGAUGAUACCCCAAAAGGCUUAUCUUACACACCAGUAAUAGCUCUAGCAGGGAUCCGGGCACGUCUGCCCUGAGCUGGUACAGAGGAGUCUUUAAAAAAGAAGCUUAUGCAGCCAGCUUCUUAAACCACCCACAACAACCCCUCAAUGUGAGUGCUGGUAAUGACUACAGAAGAAAAUUUAGGACCUAAGGAAAGUAGAUGAAUGAUCUUUUCACUAUUACUGACAAGUGAGUCUCCAUUUUGGCCCAAGCCCCUCCUUUCUCUCAUUGUGAGAUGGUUCCACUUUGCUGCAUUUCCCAUUCUAAUAACUGGGUAAUGAGCCCCACAGCGAAACAUUUCUUUUUAAAGAUGCAGCUUUCCUAAGGGGUAUGGCAGGAGAAAGAAAACCAAGGGAUAGCCCUUCAUCCUUUUUCAAAGUACUUUCCUCCCAGAACCUGUAGCUUCUGGACUGGUUAGGAACAGGGGCAGUGAUUUAGACUUAGACUUAUUAUUAUAUUGUAAGUGAAAACACAGGAUAGGACAUAGAGCCUAGAAGGGUGAUUUCACUGGUUAUAGGGAACUUCCAGAUAUGGGAAUUCUCUCUACCAGUGUGUCAGUAUAAUUUUCUCUGAAAAUUAUAGUCUUAGGGAAUUGCCCUAGAACAGUGAGAGGCUGACUUUGCCAGGGUUUCAUAGCCAGUAUUUUUCAAGGAGUGAACUAUGAACCCAAGUGUUUGGGGCCCCAAGGCCAGUAAGUCACAGUAGACACAUUAUGAUACAUUCUAAAGUCACCAGUGAAAAAUAUCCUAUCCUAUUCUCACUUUGAAUAAAGUCUUAUAUACUGAGUGCCUACUGGGUACAGAAGAAAAGAGAGCAAGAGUAAGUGGAAGGAGAAAGGAGAGGAGA